AUGAAGAAAUCAACAUCUCUGGUAGCGGUACUCAUAUUUUUGAUACAAAAUACCUUCGUUCAAACUAGUCAUUGCGAUCUUGUAAGUGACACAUGCAAAAAGACACCACACCCUGUCCUAUGCGUCUCCAUUCUCAGAGCAGACUCCCGGACUGAAGGGUCCGAUGUGGAUGGCUUUGCCUUCAUCAUGGUCGGUGAAGUUGAGGUCAAGGCAUCUGACGUCUUGCAAAAAAUCGGUCACCUACGCAAGAACAAACCUUUAAGCGAUUGUCAAGGAUAUUAUGUUGCAGUUGUCCAAAAUAAUGUACCGCAAGCCGAGAAUGCGAUUGACGGAGGUGAUGGUGGCAAGGGGGAGCAACUUAUGAACGACGUUAUUGGAAAAGCCGAUUCAUGCGAGCGUGGUUUUCAGGGUAGCUCUCCUCUGACUAGCUUGAACAUUGCCGUGAAAGAUGUCUCGUCUGUGGCUGCAGCAUUAGCGAGAUUAAUGUAA